AUGACCACGAACGCUGACAUGUAUGAGCAAGGUUGCGCCAACUGUGAGCGUCGUCGGAUCCGGUGCGACUUUCAGAGCCCGAAGUGCGCCAAAUGCCACAAGAAGGGUCUGGAGUGCCCUGGCUAUAACCGUCAGCUCCGAUGGGUGAACGGGGUGGCAGCUAGAGGAUAUCUUCGGGGUCGGGCGGUCCCCGUUCGGCCCGGGCCCUGGGUCCAAGACGAAUCCGAAACCUCUAAUCGUCCAUCACUCAACGUGUCUACGCAUAUCCCGACACCUUGCGAAGCCGGCGGCUCCAGGACGCAAGCCACCGUGUCUGGGCCGGACACUAUUCCAAGGGUCCCGAGUUGCGACCUGCUCGGCCCCACUGCGGCCUUUAUGGACUACUACAGGCAAAAGGUGGCUGGCUUGAUGGUCUGGCUGGACUCCGACGAGAACUUCUACCGCCGAAAAGUUGUGCCCCUCGCCGAAAGCCACCCGGCCAUCCGCUUCGCCAUCAUGGCCUUGGCGGCCCAGCACGGCACCUGGACCCUCCCCGCGGAGAGCAUCACGGUGAUUGCCGAGGACUCCCGCAACAGGUGCUUGACGGUGCUCCAGAGACGGGCCCGGGAGAUGACGACGAGGCUCAUGGGGGGCUCCGAGCUGGACCAGCAGGAGGACAUGGCCGACGCCGAGUGGAUGCUGGCGUCGAUCCUCAUCAUGGCCAACUUCGAGAACGCCCGCUGCUCGCCCCAGGUCGCCGACGGCCACCGGCGGGCGGCCCGCACCAUCGUCAACCUCUUCAGCGACGCGACCUGGACCGCCGGGGGCCGCGAGCUCUUCGCGUUCCUGCGGAACCAGCUGGCCAUCGACAACAUCCUGGGCGCGACGACCUCCUUCGACCCGUCCCUCAUCCGAGACGCCAUCACGCCCGCGCCCGGCUCCGACGACCAGCUGUUUUCCAAGUACCUCGCGUUCCUGCACGAGGUCACGCUCAGCACAUUGACGGCAUCGACGGCAUCGACGGGUGCGGACCUCCCGACCGGCUCCGCAGAAAAACCCCGCCGCCUUACCCUGCGGAUGGUCCAGUCCGAAUUCACGCAGGCGAGGGGCGCCGACCUGAUCGCGGCGGGACGGAUGGGGCUCGCGGGGUCCAGGCUGUCUCGCGACUUCGUCUGCCUGGUGGAGGUGUACCACAACGCGGGCCUGCUGUACUCGUUCCGGUGUCUCGGCUGCGCCGACGAGGGCGGCACCGAAUGGGACGCGGCGGCCUCCGGCCUCUUCCGCCACCUCGUGGGAUUCGAGGACCAGGCCGUCUUCGUCCAGAAUCUGCCGUGGCCCGCCUUCAUCGCCGGCACCGCCUGCUACCGGGACCAGGCGAGGCAGAAAGUGGUUUUGGAGCUGUUCGCGGCGAUCCACCGGGCUACCCGGUUCAACCACUACUUGGACGCCGUCGACUUUCUCGAGACCUUCUGGGCCGGAGACGACCCCGACUGGCGUCCGCUAGCACAAGCGAGAGAGGCCGCGGGCAACAGAAUCCUGGUUGUUUGA